AUGUCCGCCGCAAAGACCAAGGCUCAGUCCCUCAUCGACUCUAACAGCGUCGUCGUCUUCUCCAAGUCAUACUGCCCCUACUGCAAGUCCACCAAGGACUUGCUGAACAGCCUGGAUGCUCAGUUUGCCGUCCUAGAGCUGGACAAGCUUGACGACGGCACCGAUAUCCAGAAGGCUCUCGAGGAAAUUUCCGGCCAGCGUACUGUUCCCAACGUCUUCAUCGACAAGAAACACAUCGGCGGUAACUCCGACCUUCAGGCAAUCAAGAAUGACCUCCCCGCUCUGCUCAAGUCUGUCGGUGCUACCGCCUGA